AUGGCAGGAGGGAGUGCCGCUACCCGCGGCAACCAGCGUGACACCGACCGCGCUCGGGCGCAGAAGCGCAAGGACAAGGUGGCAGCCGCGCUCAAGGGCAAGGAGGACGGGCUGACCCCGCUGCAGCGCAAGGAGCGCGACGCCAAGGCGCUGCAGGAGAAGCUGGCCAAGAAGGCGGCGGAGGACGCCGCCAAGAAGUAG